CUGGUGAAUCCCAGGGACGGGGGAGCCUGGUGGGCUGCCGUCUAUGGGGUCGCACAGAGUCGGACGUGACUGAAGCGACUUAGCAGCAGCAGUGCAUCCUUGCAGUACACACUUAGCAAUGGAAUGGAACAACUCACUCACUGUUACUCACAACAACUUGGAUGGAGCUUGAGGGCAUUAUUCUGAGUGAAAGAAGACAGUCUCAAAGGUUACAUGCUGUAUGAUUCCAUCAUAGUGUGUGUUAGUUGCUCAGUCAUGUCCAGCUCUGUAACCCUAUGGACUGUAGCCCGCCAGGCUCCUCUGUCCAUGGGGAUUCUCCAGGCAAGACUACUGGAGUGGGUAGCCAUUCCCUUCUCCAGUGGAUCUUCCCAACCCAGGGAUCGAAUCCGGGUCUCCUGCAUUGACGUCCUCAAAAACACUGAACUGUAGUGAUGGCAAAUAGAUCAGUGGUUGGCAGGGUUUAGGGAUAAGAGGGGACUACCACAUAGCUCAGUCAGUACAGAAUCUGCCUGCAGUGCAGGAGACCUGGGUUUGAUGCCUGGGUUGGGCAGAUCCCCUGGAGAAGGAAAUGGCAACCACUCCAGUAUUCUUGCCUGAAAAAUCCCAUGGACAGAGGAGCCUGGUGAGUUACAGUCCAUGGGGUUGCAAGAGUCGGACACAACCUAGCGACUAAACCACCAGGGAUCAGAGUGGGGAGCACAUAGGAAUUUGGGGGGUGAUGGAAAUGUUCUGUGUCCUGAUUAUGGUAGUAGUUACAUUAAUCUACAUAUUGAAAUCCAUACAUUGUAUACCAAAAGGAAGUUAAUUUUGCUGUAUGUUAAUUAAGAUAAUGGAAUAAACAAAAAGCAUAUCAACAAACUGAGUGUACAGGUGCCUGUGAACACUGGUGUUUGUUUUUAAGAUUUUUUUAUGUGGACCAUUUUAAAAAUCUUUAUUGAAUUUGUUAUUGUUUUUGAAUUGCUUCUGUUUUCAUUUUUUGGCCUCCAGACAUAUGGGAUGUUAGCUCCCCAACCAAAGAUUGAACCACGGAUGAAGUCCACAACCCCUGCAUUGGAAGGCAAAGUCAACCACUGGACUACCAAGGAAGUCCCUGAACAUUGGUUUUUGAAUGGAGAAAGAUGUGACGGAAAAUACAUAUCUCUUUAAUGUUGGCUAUUUUGUCGGGGGAAGGAGCAAAAAUGAUCCAUUUUUUCAGACCGAAAUGCAGGGCGUUUCCCUCUUUGGCUGACACUGGACCCCUUGUCUACAUCUAGCUUGGCACAGAGGGAAAGCCAGAGCCUGAAAAGUGUGGCUGAGACCUACACAGCACCGUUGGACUUGAAGAUGGCCCUUAUUCAGACCAAUAAGGAUCUCAUUUCCAAAGGAUUAAAGGAAUUCAACAUCCUGCUAAAUCAGCAGGUCUUCAGUGAUCCUGCCAUCUCUGAGGAAGCCAUGGUGACUGUGGUGAAUGACUGGGUGAGCUUUUACAUCAACUAUUACAAGAAGCAGCUGUCGGGAGAGCAACAGGAGCAGGACAAGGCUCUGCAGGAGUUUCGGCAAGAGCUCAAUACCCUGUCUGCCUCUUUCCUGGACAAAUAUAGGAACUUCCUGAAGUCCUCGUGAGCAGCCCCUCACACGCUGCCUUUCUCCUAGCCCAGAGACCCAGGCUGCAAGUCUAAGAAACCCUCAAACGCUGCCUCUGUGUUCUAGUCUUUGGGCUCUGCUCCUUCAUGGUGUUGCUGCACCCUGACACCUCAAUAAAGACCAGUUCUGGUUGUGGUGGU